AUGGCUUCUACAGCUCUCCGUCGUUCCGGCCGGCCAUCAACUUUCCAGAUACUCAACAAUAAUCAAGGUGAUUUCUGCAACGAGGAAGUUUUAGCCCGCCUGGUCCAUUUUUGGGAAGCCAGGAAUUUCAAAAAAUGCAACAUCCUCAUGGGUGUUGAACUGCUUUUACUCGACUCCGAGUCUAAUGCAGUUCAAGGUUUCAUUUCUGCAAACCGGCUGUUUAGACAUGAGGAGAACCUGAAGCGAAACUCUGUUUACAAGCUUAAAAAAUUCUUGAUCAAUCCCUGCAAAAAGAUUUAUAAAGUAUCCGACCACAAUAAGACCAUAUGUUUCACAGACCACACAACAAUGGUGGAGGUAACUGAGGGGGAUCACGAAAUAGAAACCCAGAAAUUCAGAUUACGCACCUUCAAUGAUUUUUCUGCCAUCGCCAACAUGGAAACCGAUCUCUUCGAUGCCAUUGGACAAAUUCGCCUCAUUAGCGGAGAUAACCUUCGUCCCACAAACGAAGACGCAACUCAAGUCAUAGGCGACAGAUCAAAAGAUAGAGUCUUCUUGCACCUGCGUGCAGUAACCUUGAGCUCAACAUCAGCGACCCGUCUAUUUUUCGAUAGAGACAUUGCAGAAACUAAAGAGUUCAUGACAUUGUACCGCUUUGAAAUUUCAGUCCGUGAUGCGAACAACGACACCGCUACGUUCGUCCUAUUCGACCCAAAUGCAAUGAAACUUGCCGGAAGAAGUGCCAAUGAUGUUCUAAAUGACACCAUUGAGUACGAUAAUGUCGACCUCAACUCCACAUCCACUGAAGAAUCCUUGAACGUUGAAGACAAUGAGGGAAAGUUGGAAGUCACAGGAGAAGAGGGGAUAACAAACACAGAAUUCAUUUCGGACGAGUUGGUGUUCAAUGGUGAGAAUGAGACCAAGCGUCCACGUCACUGA